AUCUUAUCUUAAUGUUGCUGCUCUAUUCAAGAUGAGAUACACAUCAUGGAGUUCCCUAAUUUGGUAUCUAUGUGGAAGAAACUCCAGGUGAAGCUGGGAUUGAAUAUCCCCAUCGUGCUGCUGAUGUUCAAAGGCGCGGUUGCACCAACAAUUGGACUCUCAAUAUAUCAGAGCGAUGCUGUGGCACGGCAGUUUUCCACCAUUGGCUAUCUCAUCCCCAUAAUGUCGAUUCUAACGAUUCCAGUCGCGCCACGAGCCCGAUUCUUUCAAAAUUUAAUAGUGAGCAUUAUUUCGGUUGGUUUCGCAGUCGCGGUGUCUUUCUUAUCAAUGUGGUGUGCCGUCCGGGCUCGCGCAAAUACAACCCAUAUACCCCACGGAGGAAACAGUCCUGGUCCGGUUACUGGUGCUCCUGUAAGCCCGUAUAAUGCCGCUGCGAGUGUUAACAUGGCAAUCUGGUUGUCAUUCGAAGUGUGGCUGGCAAACACGUUCCGUGCUUUUCGACCGCAAUACUUCAUUCCAUCGAUAAUAUUUUCCAUUUUUAUUCAGGUAACGGCGACUUAUGGAACUCAGUUCAAAACGAUGGAAGAAGCUGGAGCUUUAGUCAAACACUUAGUGGGAUCAUUUUUUGCGGGAUUUGGACUGGCGGCAGCAGUCAAUGUGUUCAUUAUUCCACUCACAUCUCGAAAGAUUGUCAGUAUGCAUAUGGUGGAGUAUUUCCAUGCGAUCCAGAAAACACUGGAUUCCCAGCUUGCAUUCGCCCAAUCCCUACCCUUGCAUGACUGGCGUUUUGUUCAUGGUAGUUCAGAUAUCUCCCAGCAAGAGAAAACACCUUCUUGGCCAGAAGCGAACGCCCUCAAAAAUUCAACCAUGGAAGCUGCCAAAUCCCUUGGAAGGGUAACAUCGGAAUUGCGCUACGCAAAACGUGAGGUUGGUUGGGAUUACCUAGGGCCAACAGAACUAGCGAACAUCACUCGCAUGUUGAAGAAGGUAUUAGCUUCAAUGCUGUGGACGGAGUCACUUGCCAAAGUCUCCAGACGCUUCCCUCGUUUAGUGAACGAGAUGGAGAGCAUUCCUCAUGAAGAGGAACGGCAGAAAUGGUGUUGGGUAUUGGAGCAAAGACGUGGUCCCACUGAACAACUUAUCCAAGCCAUGAAAGAAGGUCUUGGCCAAUCUUUGCACAAUUUUCGCCUCAACAAAGCAGCAGAGUUCUCUCAAUUGGAUAUUGAAUCCAACAGAGAUCACACGAGUACACGAUUGGAAGAGAUGAUUGACAGUUUCCUUCAAGGAAGGCAGGAUCCAUUCGAGACCUGGCUCUCAUGGACAGGCAUGCAUCAAUCAUCUGUUAUAUCUACGGGGAUAAAUUCUCACCAACGUGAACGAUAUCGACUACAGCUUUACUUUCUCCUUGAUUUGGAAUCUUCGCUCAUAUCAACUGCGAGAAGAAUCCUAGACCUGAUCAAAUAUGCGGAAUUCAAGGUGGACGAUGGUACUAUGAAUCAUAAAGCACUGGUGCUCCCAACAUGGAAGCAGAUGAAAAAAUGGCUCUGGUCCUCGUUGUCUAGAGAGGACGGAGAAUUGGAUUAUUAUCAGUACAGCAGAAGGUCUGGAACCGUCAGAAUAUAUUUGGACGAUGUCCUACAGACUGGUACAGAUCCAGAGCACGCUUUCCCACAAAGCAGGUGGGAGAAAAUUGGGGAUUCCUUCCGAAGGGGGUUUCACUUCUUUGGUUCACCUGAGUCCGUGUUUGGAUUCCGAGUAGCCGUGGCUACCAUGACUCUUUCAAUCGUCGCGUUUCUCAGAAACUCGCAGCACUUCUAUAUCCAGCAACGUCUAAUCUGGGGUUCGAUCAUGAUUGCAAUUAGCAUGACAUCAACCGUUGGGUCAGCUAUGUAUGGUCAAUCGAUGCGGCUCCUUGGGACCAUUGUUGGAAUGUUGUUGUCGUAUAUUGACUGGUACAUAGUCGACCAACAGCCAGCAGGUGUCCUUGUCCUCGUUGGGAUCACAAUGUUCUUGUCCCACUACCCAUUAAUUAGGUUCCCCACUCAUGCCGUGCCUCCUAUAGUCGAAAUGGUCACAGUCAUGUUGAUUGUGGGCUAUGCACUUCAGGUGAGGAAAGUGGGGGUCCUAUUCUCCGAGUCUAACGGACAAGCAUAUCACGCUCUCUACGUGCUGUCGCCUUAUCGACUCGCAACUGUUGUUGGUGGCAUUGGGAUGGCUUUUCUUUUCACAUAUUUCCCCUCUGCGGCCACAGUCAAAAGCUACUUCCGACGAGAUCUUGCGUCUUCUCUGUAUCUUCUCGCACAUUACUACAGCUCAGUUUAUACGACGAACUCCGUAUUCAUCAAAGGUUUGGCUGGAGAUCAUAACGACAAGAAAAGUCUCGGGAGAGUACUUGAGAAAGCUCGCACUCGUGUGCUUGCUAAGGAAAUUGUUCUCCUACAGGAAAUGGAACAGAGCAUGUGGUUCUUUCUCUGGGAACCUACGCUUGGGGGAAAAUUUCCCAGAGAUACCUACGAUAAAUUGGCCGAGCAUGCGCGAAAGUUCGUUCCUUAUCCGUGCCACUUGUUGCGAAGACUGAUAUAUUGUGUCCCUAGCAUACUGCAAUUUUCGGCAACGUUAAUCGAAAUCACCGAUUCAUUCCAUCUCACUGGCCCAGUCUCCUCAGAACCGUGCGUACAAGACAUCAGACGGCUCAUAUCUUCCUGUGACUUAAGGUCCCACGAAGUGACAUCUCUUCUCACGACACUGUCAGGCGCCAUUCAAACUGGGAACCCAUUGCCUCUUUAUCUUAAGGCGCCUAAACUCCGUCUGCCUACCGAGCUGCUUGCUGCUGCUGCUCCUGGUGCCAGCCUGCUUAGUGUAGAUAAUUUCAGCCAGCGGGGGUUUUCAGCCAUUGCUUCGAUGGAGAUUACAAUGAUAGCCCUGGAAGAUGAUCUCUCUCAACUAUUAUCAGGGACAAAGCAUCUUGUGGGAGAGUUGAACUUGUUGACAGACAUUGUCCGCAAAAAAGACCUGCCUGCUAAUAUGGAUUCAGUGAUGGCAAUAGAAAAAGGAGAUUGACCCCUGUGUCUAAACUGAUAUGGCAAAAUCGAUUUUCACAAAGCUUUCAAUCAAUUGCUGGUGGGAAUAAGGAGGUAGUGGUGCGCAAAGUAAUGUGCUCCCACAGAAUCAUCUUGAUCUUGUAGUUGAAAAGAUGAGUUACUAUUGAGGCCUCGGUUGGAAUUGACUACAGUUGACAGACACACAAUGUAAAGAGCGAGGUCUCCCAGGUCAAUAUCUUACUCGAGGAGCUGGAUUUAACGCCAUGUUACUGUAUGCAAACGUGAAUUUAGUGACUUGCCGGAAUCGAAAGUGACUCCAGCGUUUGAGCCCCUCAACUAUCCUCGCCAUUGCUAUCGUGUUUAUUGACUCAGGACGAGUAUUGGCGUUAAGUCAUCCAAACAGGGGAGCCAGUAGAGAGUAAGCUUAUUCGCCAUCGAAAGCUUUGCGUAGCUCGUCCACAUCAAGCUUCUCCAUGCGCAUCAUAGCACGAUAUGCACGGUCCCGUUUCUCUUUCUCUGGGCUGUUAAGCACCUUGGAGAGCUCUUCAGGCACGAUCUGCCACGACAGGCCGAACUUAUCCGCCAGCCAGCCGCACUUCCUCUUGGUCUUAUCGCCGCCCUCGCCAAGCUUGUCCCAGUAGUAGUCGACCUCGGCCUGGUCCUUACAGUUAACCAUGAUGGAGAUUGCCUCAUUGAAUUUAAAGUAGGGGCCACCGUUAAGGCCGACGAACUUCUGAUCAUUGAGCUCGAAUUCGAUAGUCAUGAGGCUGCCUGCCUCGCGCCCGUGUGUCUCAUUACCGGCUUCAGAGUAAUAGUGACGCCCCGUAAUUUUGGAGUUCUUGAAGAUGGACGUGUAGAACGAGGCGGCUUCUUCUGCUUGGCCAUCGAACCACAGGCAGGUUGCGAGUUUGUUGACGGACAUCAGGCUAGUGGCGGUGUGCUGGGAAGGAGUAGAACGAGCUACAUUAGCAUGCGCAGCCAGAAUACGUCUUGUAGUAUCAGGGCAGUAUAGACGACAGACUCAUGUUCGUCGCCACAUACUUGCUAGGUGCGGGG